GAAUAUUCAAACGGGCGUCACGAGAAACAGCGCGUCACAUAAAAGGAUACAGGUGAGGUCACCGAGACACAGAUACGCAGCUGGACAGUCCGCGCAGAGGGCAGCAGACGGGCUUACAUCGAUACUUAAAUAAAGAAGAAAAAAAUAGAAACAGCAACACUGGGGCAGUUUUGAAUUCCUCAAGCAUAAAAAGGGAACUAAGGUUGCAUCACUUAUAAAAGAAAGCUCUGCGAGGAACGCCAACAUGUUCACUUGGGUAAAUAAGGAACAGGGUGGAAGGAACAAGGAGGGAGACAUGUUUCAAACGGUGACUGAGGGACUUCAGAGUCUUUAUGUGAAAAAACUUCUGCCUUUGGAGGAGACCUACCUCUUCCAUGACUUCCACUCACCGGCGCUGGAGGAGGCGGACUUCCAGAGCAAGCCUAUGGUCCUCCUGGUCGGACAGUAUUCCACAGGGAAGACCACGUUCAUAAGGUAUCUUCUGGAGCAAGAUUUUCCAGGGAUGCGAAUUGGCCCCGAACCAACGACAGAUGGAUUCAUAGCUGUGAUGUAUAAUGAGAACGAAGGGAUUGUUCCUGGAAAUGCCUUGGUUGUGGACCCCAAGAAACCUUUCCGCAAACUCAAUGCAUUUGGAAAUGCCUUCUUAAACAGGUUCAUCUGCUCACAAAUGCCCAACCAAGUUCUGCAGAGCAUUAGCAUCAUUGACACGCCAGGGAUCUUGUCUGGCGAGAAGCAGCGCAUAAGCAGAGGCUAUGAUUUCUCUGAGGUUCUGCGUUGGUUUGGAGAGCGAGUGGACCGUAUCAUUCUCCUCUUUGAUGCCCAUAAGCUAGAUAUCUCUGAUGAGUUUUCUGAAGCAAUCAAAGCUUUCCGUGGGCAGGAUGACAAAAUCCGUGUGGUACUGAACAAGGCCGACCAGGUGGACACUCAGCAGCUGAUGCGGGUUUAUGGUGCGCUGAUGUGGUCGCUGGGGAAGGUGAUCAACACUCCAGAGGUGGUGAGAGUCUAUCUUGGCUCUUUUUGGGCCAAACCUCUUCAAAAUGCAGACAACCGGCGUCUGUUUGAAGCUGAAACACAAGAUCUCUUCAGAGACAUCCAGAGUUUGCCUCGCAACGCUGCCCUGCGCAAGCUGAAUGACCUCAUCAAAAGAGCUCGUCUUGCUAAAGUGCAUGCUUACAUCAUCAGCUACUUGAAAAAGGAAAUGCCCUCCCUGUUUGGAAAAGAGAAGAAAAAGGAGGAGCUGAUUGCCCACCUGCCUGAGAUCUAUCAGAUUCUGCAGAGGGAGCACCACAUCUCACCUGGAGACUUCCCUAACGUCAUUAAAAUGCAGGAGCAACUGCUACACUACGACUUCAGCAAGUUCCCUUCUUUGAAGGUGAAGUUGAUUGAAUCUGUGGACAGAAUGUUGUCCACCAAGAUCUCAGGUCUUAUGAACAUGAUCCGAGAGGAAGAAAGCAAACAGCCUACUCAGAUGGUAAUGGGAGGAGCAUUUGAGGACUCAUCCGACGGGCCUUUUGGCCACGGCUAUGGUGAGGGUAUCAGUGCAGGGGCUGAUACCGAGGACUGGAUCGUGAGUCGUGACAAACAUCGCUACGACGAAAUCUUCUACACGCUGAUGCCUAUCAAUGGAAAGGUAACUGGCAUCAAUGCCAAGAAGGAGAUGAUGAAUUCUCGUCUGCCCAACACUGUACUGGGAAAGAUCUGGAAGCUGGCAGACUGCGAUAAGGACGGCAUGCUGGAUGAUGAAGAGUUUGCGCUGGCUCAGCACCUUAUUAAAGUCAAACUGGAGGGAUUUGAGCUUCCUGCAGAGCUACCUAAUCACCUAGUGCCUCCAUCGCACAGGAAGAACCCAACCGCAGACAUCUUGUACAACCACCAGGAGGAUUGAUCAGCUUCAUAUCUGUAUAUUUAUCAGCCAGCUGCUAGCACAAAGUGGCCUUUGAAUAUUGAAGUCUUACUUCAGUCAAAAAGGGAUGACAUUUUAUCUUUUAUCUUCAACAGUGCAUGUCUUGAAAUUAGACAUGUAUGACUUUCACAUGCCUAAGUUUGAGUAUGUUUAAGUAUAAGUGCACUAACUCAGUGUUAAAGAACAACAUAUUCAUACAUUUUAAAGACAAAUAUUUUUAAAGGCAUACAAAUUCAAAUUACCACGACAGCGUUUUAGUGCCACGUUAAAAAAAAAUCUAAGAUUACAUGAUUAAAAUCGAAAUAUUUCGAGAAUAAAGUCAAAAUUAUGAAAACAAAGUUGAAAUAUUACAAGAAUAAAGUUGAAAUGACAAGAAUAAAGUUGAAAUUAUGAAAAUAAAUUUAAAAUAUAACAAGAAUAAAGUCGAAAAUACAAGAAUAAAGUUGAAAUAUUAUGAGAAUAAAGUCGAGAUUUUAAGAGAAUAAAGUCAAAAUUAUGAGAAAAAAGUUGAAAUAUUACAAGAAUAAAGUUGAAAUAUUUCGAGAAUAAAGUUGAAAUUAUGAACAUAAAUUUAAAAUAUAACAAGAAUAAAGUCGAAAUUACGAGAAUAAAGUUGAAAUAUUACAAGAAUAAAGUCAAAAUUAUAAAAAAAACACAGUUGAAAUAUUACAAGAAUAAAGGCGAAAUAUUACGAGAAUGAUGUCGAAAUAUUAUGAGAAUUAAGUUGAAAUUAUGACAUUAAAAUCUAAUAAUUUUGAGGAUAAAGUAAAAAUUACGAAAUUAAAGUCUAAAUAUUUCGAGAAUAAAGUUGAAAUAUUUUGAGACUAAAAUCGAAAUUAUGAGAAUAAAGUUGAAAUAUUACGAGAAUAACGUCGAAAUAUUUUAAGAAUAAAGUUGAAAUUACGAGAAUAAAAUUUAAAUAUUAUGAGAAUAAAGUCAGAUCUCCUGGUGCUCUCAAUCUGGGGUAUUUGCAUGCACAGUAUAGGCUUUACUCUCAAAAUAUUAUAACUUUAAUUUCUACGAUUUAAAUUCUCAAAAUAUUUUGACUUUAUUCUUGAAACAUUUCAACUUUAUUCUCGUAAUUUCGACUUAAUUUUAGAAACAUUUCAACUUUAUUUUUAAAACAUUUCGACUUUAUACUUGAAAUUUCUUGAAAUUUAUUUAUUCUUGAAAUUUCUGAAAUAUUGACUUUAUUCUCAAAAUAUUAUGAGAAUCAACUUUAUUCUCAUAAUUUUUACUUUAUUCUCAAAAUAUUAUCACUUUAAUCUCAUAAUCUUAGAUUUUUUUUUU